AUGCUUUCACAUAGUGAUAAUUUACCUCCAAAGGAUCAUAUAGAGAAACUGCUUAAUAAAGUAGACAUAAGUGACAUAAUUAAUAUACUUAAGGCUACUUACUCAGAGCACAAUGUUGUUGAAAAUUAUAUAGAUAAAUUCAAUACAAAUGUCAUGCUUGUGUAUAAUGAAUUAAAAAAGACAUAUAAAAAUGAUAAUAUGAAACAAAGUGUCUGUAAUGCUAUGAAUUAUUACUUAGAUUUUAUUACUAAAGCUAUUUAUGUAUCAAACAUAAGAAAUGAUUUAAAGGAUGAUAUAAUAAAUUAUUUCCUUGAAAAUAUUUGGAAAAUGAAAGGUUAUUGUGAUAGUUGUGAAUGCAAAAGAAUAAAAGAUACGUAUAUUACUCAUAUAAAUUGUCUAAUAAAUCAAUUACAAGAUAGGAAUUAUCUUGCUCGUGAAACAAGAAGCAUUACAGAAGAAAAUAUAAUUCCUCUGGGUACACGCAUGCGAGUUAAAAUAAAAAUGAUCGAAUUUUUAAAAAAAUAUUUAAGUAAAAAUAGAGAUGAAGCGUUCUUAUCUAGUAUAGAUAACAGGAGAUAUAAUGUAGAAUAUAGUGCUUAUCUUAGUCAAUUUGAUUAA